AUGAAUACAAUCAAAUCAGUUACUUCUAACCAUUUGAGUCAAUUAACUUCAGUUAGAUCUGAAAUUAGACAUAUUGAUCCCAAAAAUAAUUUUGGUGAUGUUGAUUUAUUAGCUCAAAUUGGAUAUAAACAAGAAUUAAAAAGACAUUAUAGUACAUUACAAGUUUUUGGUAUUGCUUUUUCUAUUAUGGGAUUAUUGCCAAGGUAAGUUCUAAGAUCUAAUUUCAAAUUUACGAAUCAUACUAACGAUUUUAGUAUUUCAAGUACGAUCAACACUGGUCUUGAAGCUGGCAGGUAUGUAGUAUUAGAACACUAUAAUUUGUUGAUUUACUAACUAUUUUAGUGCUGGUUUAGUAUGGGGCUGGUUUUUGGCAUGUAUCUUCAUUUUCAGUACCGGAACUUCAUUAUCUUUUUUAGGAAGUUCAAUGCCUACAAGUGUACGUAUGAAAUAAUAACUAUAUUAUAGACGCUACUAACAUUUCAGGGUGGUCUUUAUUAUUAUACAAAUUAUUAUUCUCCACAAUGUAUUCGAGUUCCAUUAAGUUUCAUGGUUGGAUGUUCAAAUUCUCUAGGUCUAAUUGGUGGUAGUUGUGCAAUUACAUACGGAUUAAGUACUGAAAUUCUAUCAGCUGUUUCGAUUGCUCGUGAUGGUAAUUUUGAUAUUACACCAGCUAGAUGUUAUGGUAUAUACGUUGGUGCUUUUGUUUUAAAUAUGAUUAUUGCUUCAUUAACAACUAAACAUUGUGCAAAAUUACAAUCCAUAAGUAUUGUAGUAAAUGUUGUUUUAGUAUUGAUUUUUAUUAUUGCUGUUCCUAUUGGUGUUUCUAAACAUCAUAAUUUUAAUUCAGGUUCUUAUAUAUUUACAAAAUUUGAAAAUCUGAGAAAUUAUUCAAUGUCUUGGUCAUUUGCUUUAUCAUGGAUGCCGGCAAUCUGGACAAGUAAGUAAAAAGAAAACUAUAUAUUGAGUCUACUAACUUUUUUAGUCGGUUCAUUUGAUUCUCCAAUUCAUUGUUCAGAAGAAGCUAAAAAUGCACAAAAAAGUAUUCCAGUAGGUAUAUUAGGUUCAAUUGGUGCUUGUUGGGUACUUGGUUGGAUUGUAGUUAUUGUAUGUGCUUUAUGUAUUAAAAACGGAAAUGUUGAAGCUGUUUUGGCUAGUAAUUCUGGAAAUGCAUUAGCUCAAAUUUGUGCAGAUAGUUUAGGUAAAGGAUUUGCUGUUGCAAUGAUGUCAUUAAUUGCAUUUGGACAAUUUCUUAUGGCUAUUUCUAUAAUGAUUGCCCUCUCAAGACAAGUUUGGUCGUUUGCAAGAGAUGAUGGAUUACCAUUGGUUUCAAAUAUAGUUAAAUAUGUAAAUCCCAAAGUUCAAGUUCCAAUUAAUGCAACAUUUUUCAGUGGUAUAUUAGGUAUUAUAUUAGGAUUACUUGUUCUAAUUGGUCCAGCUGGUCUGGGAGCUUUAUUUUCGUUGGGUAUAGCUAGCAAUACAAUGAGUUUUUUAAUUCCAAUAAUCGCUUCCAUGACUUCUGGAAGGAAAAGAUUUGUUAAUGGUCCAUUUUGGUUGGGUAAAUAUUCAUGGAUUAUUAAUUUUGUUACUGUUUGUUGGUUAAGUUAUACAAUUGUAUUAUGUAUGUUUCCAGAUAAUGUACCAGUAACUAGAGAAUCAAUGAAUUAUACAGCGGUUAUCAACCCAGCAGUAUGGAUUAUAUCAUUGAUAUAUUAUUAUGUUUGGGGUUAUAAAUCAUAUACUGGUCCUAAAUCUAACUUAGAUGAUUUAGAAGGUGUAAGCGUAUAUAAUGUAGAUGAAGUUUUAGACAAUAAAUAUUGA